AUGGAUCAUGGAGACCGCUUCCGCCAGCCUGGUGGCAUGCCACAGUACCAGUCGCUGAACCAGCAGUCCUAUAACGGCGCGCAGAACCAGCUGCCAGUACUACCGCCGCUCCACAAUGCUGCGCCGUAUGCACCCAUGUCGUACGGCGGCCACAAUAGCAACCCUCAGACGCCUCACACGCCUGUAACCUCUGCGCCCAAUGGCAGUGCCAGCAUGGCUCACCCGCCGCUGCGGCCUCUCCAGCCCUCGCCGUCCUCGUACAUGCCCAUGUCGUCCGCGUACUCGCAGGCCCCGCCUCUGUCUACGGCAGGCGCCCACUCCAACUCACACCAACUCGCGCCGACGCAAGGAAUGGGUCUGACGCACCCGUCCUUAUAUCCUCACCCUCCAGUGCUUGCAAACCAGGAGCCCGAGCCGCUGCAUGUUGUUGGACAGCAGGGACGACGCGGUGUUCUGCCUACGCAUCCUGGCCGGCCCGCUCCUGCGGCGGGCAAGACACCCACAAAUGCAACCAAGAACGCCGAGGGUAAAUAUGAGUGCCCGCAUUGUAACAAAACGAGUGACAUCCUGAAGCGCCAUUUCCAAAAGUGCUCGAUCCGGAGGGGUAACCCUACUGGUGCGAAUCACCUGCAGCACGCGCAGAACCACCUCAAGAACAGGCAGCCCACCGGUCCAGAGCAAAACUCGUAUCUGCAUAACAUGCCCAACACCUCCAUGCCAUACUCAGAUGGCGGUUAUUCAAUGGGUAUGCCGCAGAUGCCGCCUGUAGGACCUAAUGGUUUCAACGACAGCUUGCCUUCCAUCGCAAACCACCAAUCCAUGUCAGCGCGCACUUCGCGGUCAAACAGCCUGAUACGGCCCGCCAGCGGCAUGGACAACGAGAACAGGCGCAGCAUGUCUCAGCUCGAGUUCCAGAACCGCGGUCUGAAUUUCAACGACUUUCGGCCGGAUGGCUUGUCCAAUGACUACGCGGCACAACAGAACCAGAACGCGUCUGCCGUGAACGGCGGUAACAACCACUACAACUACGAGCAUCCUGCGGCUGCAGCUGCUAACAACGCCAUGUCGAACAACGGAAUGCCGGUCAAGACAGAGGGCGCGGACGCGAGCAACUAUGGGGUUCAGUCGUUGCCCAACGUAGAGGGCUUGUCUAAUGGACAAGACAGCUCGCUGUGGCGGAAUGGUACGUUCAAUGAAGCCUCGCAUCUUAUGACUUCCAGUACGACAUCAGAUGAUACACCAAAUGAUACAUUGUUGGGGCUAUUCUCGCCCACUCCCGGUUUUGUCGACCCAUCUUCCGCCGUUGACAACUGGUUCCUUGAUCGGCCUAUGACCAACCCCCUGCAGCAAAAGACGGAGUCGCUUGUGGCCUUUUGCUUUCCGAACGCGGCAUCUUUGACUCCUGGCUCGAAAGAGGCGGAUGCCUACAACAUGCUUAGAGGAUGCUUGGCGGGUGAUAAUGUGAGGGCAUUUUUACAUGAAUAUCGACACUACCACGCCCAUUGGCCCCUGGUCCACGCGCCAACUUUCGACCCGCUUACCGCCACUCUUGGUUUGGUUUUGGCCAUGUGCUGCAUCGGUGCUGUUUACUCGGACAGGGUUGAUGCAAAGGAUGUCCGCUGGCUGAUGGACAUUGUCCGCGCAGCUGUUGCUGAGCAGCAUACCGGUGACCUUUUCCAAUUGACUCCUGCACACAUUGAAGAAUUGCAAUCUCUUAUGUUACUCCACGCUAUAUUCCUUUGGCACGGAUCUCAGAAACAACGGCAGCAAGUUCGCGAAGAAUUCGGCACGAUUGCCAGCAUCGCCCGUCGUGCUGGCUUGCUACGUCCUCUACCACGUGGACACCCGAACUCGAGCGCACUGCACCAGCCAGGACCAGUAACUGGAGAUGAAGUCAACACGUGGAAUUGGGCAACAUGGAUCGAAAAUGAGAAGCGCACACGACUGAUGUGCGACAUUCUCCUGCUUGACGCCUGCUCGACUAUAUUUUUUAACACCCAGCCACAAUUCGACGUGCACGACUUCAAGAUUCCAUUACCGGCAGACGAUGCGGCCUGGGAAGCAAGAACUGCUGAGGACUGUGCCAGUGCACUAGGCCUGAGAGGGCAGGCAGCGCAGAUAAACAACGUGUCAGGCAGCCGGCGAGCAAAGCAGUUGGGUAUUGAGGAAGCAUUGCAAGUCCUGUAUGGAGCCGGACAUGGCCGAUUCCCUGAGCGGGCGACCAACGUGUUCGGGAAAUUCAUACUCAUCCAUGCUCUCCACAACCAGAUCUACAACACCCAGCGACAGCUCCUCAGUCGAGGUUCCGUAAGCGGCACAAGCACACCGCCUGACGGAUCUGCAACCCCACCAAAAGCCAUCAACGAGCAAGCACAGCAGCUACUCCGAUCUACGUUCAAUGCCCUCGAUUCAUGGAAGAAGAUCUGGGACACCGAUCUGGCUAUUCAGUUUCCAAACAACCAGCCACGAACCGGUUUUUGCAGGGACGGUGUUCAUUACUAUUUCCUUGCUCAGAUUUUCCUUCGCAAUUCUCGACCUCAGGAAUGGGCUGCGCCUGCAGACCUUCGUUGCAGACAGGUCUUCCAUUUGCUUAAACAAAUCCGAAAUUACGUUGCUUCUGAUUCCGCUCAGAAAGGCAUUGACGUGGGGUCAAUCAAUACUGUCGCUGACGACUAUGCGCUGGCCGACCUUACCCUCAACAUGCGGCGUCUCUUCACGCCUAUACAAGACGAGCCUGCUUCUGCAACACCAGAUCCACAAUACGUUCCACCCCGAUAUCCAAACCCUGCGCCCCUCGCAUCAAGAUCCACGAACAGCGCUCGAAACAAAUAUCCCGAUCAAUGA